AUGCCGCCUGCGACGCGGCCCACGUCGUCCAUUGGGCAAGAGUACCCGACGGUGCUGGGGUACAAGAUCGUGCAGCUACUAGGUGGCGGUGGUUUUUCGCGUGUGUUUCGGGCUGUGAACCCCGAGUCCGAGGCGCAUCCCCAGGCGGCUGUCAAAGUGGUGUCGUACGUAUCGACCACGCAGCGACAGCCCAUCGAUCGACGUGCACUCCAGAAGGAGGUGCAGAUCCACAGCAUCUUGAAGCAUGAUAACGUGCUGGCCUUUCUCGGCUCCGUCGAGUACGCGGCGAGUGCGCCGGACAACUACGUGCGUGGCCUGUACAUUCUGCUGGAGCUAUGUGCGGGUGGCGACCUGUUUGACAAGAUUGCACCGGACGUGGGCGUGGAUGAAGACCUGGCGCACUUUUACUUCACGCAGCUCAUGUCCGGACUCACGUAUAUCCAUGGCCAGGGCGUGACGCACCGCGACAUCAAGCCGGAAAACAUGCUGCUCGAUGCUCAGGGCAACCUCAAGAUCGCCGACUUUGGCCUGUGCAGUGUGUACAAGUACAAGGGCCGCGAGCGGACGCUGCACGGAACGUGCGGCAGCCUGCCAUACAUUGCGCCCGAGAUGAAUGGGCGCCCCUACCAGGGCGAGCCCGUGGACGUAUGGAGCAGUGGCGUUGUCUUGUUUGCUCUGCUCGUAGGCAACACGCCGUGGGACGAACCGACACAGCGCAGUCCUGAGUACCAUGCGUACUUGAGCGGCGAGCUUUUGCGCAUGGACCCAUGGACACGCAUAAGCAUGGAUGCUUUAUCACUGCUGCGCCGCAUGAUGCAUCCUGACCCAUCGCGUCGCGCAUCGCUCGCUCAGAUCCAGCGGCACCGUUGGUUCACACGAUCGAACCCGCUCCUUGAGGCUGGCAAGUGCAGUGAUCCCGUCAGUCUCGCCGAGCGCCUCUUGCACGGCCUGAUCGUGUCGGGCGACAUGCACUUGCACACCGACGGCCAGCGAGCCACGCUGCCCGCGCAUCCCUCUCUUUCGCAACCUGAGGCUUUGCCUCGACAUCCCCUGGCUCUCAGUGCGCACGACAUUCCUUCCUCGACGGCUCAGCCAGGUCGCAUGUCGACCGCCAUGACGACGCAGAUGCCCCGGACGCAAGCCGCGGACGAAUUUACCCAGGCCCUUGGCUACUUUACGCAGUCCUCGGCCGCUCCGAUGGGCAUGGUUCUUCAGCUCACGCGAUUCUACAGCACCGCUGAUCCGCCGGCCAUAUCGGCGGCCCUAUCGGCGGCGCUCGAGGCACAAAAGGCACAGUUCAGUGUGGAAGCUAUGGCGGACGAUACCACGAGCGACUGGCUCGAAUCCCAUGACGAGAACGUAUCUCCUGCAUCACUGCAAGGCGCGCGCGGCGCCCGCAUCCGACUGAGCGUCGUCGACCGCCGCAAGUGUGCCCUCAAAGGCGAGGUGCGCAUUGAGCGCGUAGCAGAGUUGCCGCCCGACGUCGGCGUACACGCAGGCCAGCCUGGAUGCUUUGUGCUCGUGCGCCGCAGCAAGGGAAACCCACUUGAAUGGCGCCGCCUGUUCCGCGAGCUGUGCAAACAUCCACAGGUUCGGCCGCACAUCGCCUAG